UCAAAUUAAACGAUUUAUUCAAUCGCGUAUAAACGCAAAGGUAGUCAUAUUGAAUCAUACCUCUCGGUGUGUUCUUGAAUAAAAAAUCGUAAAAUUUCAUAGUUUAACUGUUCAUAACUCCAAAACUCCUACACAAUCCGAUAAUCCAGCAAUCCAGUUGAACAUGACGCAGUUAAUUCAAGUUCUUGAGAAAACUGUAUCCACAGACAAAAACGAACUCUUGUCUGCAGGACAAUAUUUAGAGCAGGCGGCUUCAACAAAUUUAUUAGAAUUUCUCAAAGCUUUGUCCGAUAUUUUGGUUAACAUAAACAAUAGCUCAGUAGCACGCACAGCGGCCGGUUUGCAACUAAAAAAUCAAUUAACAAGUAAAGACGAUGUCAUCGGCAAGCAAUACCAACAACGAUGGCUGUCCUUCCCAGCGGAUACUCGAGAAUACAUCAAAAACAACAUCCUGGAAUCUCUCGGAACCGAAAGCACUCGACCGUCAUCGGCUGCUCAGUGUGUGGCCUAUGUAGCCGUUACCGAACUACCAGUCAAUCAAUGGACCUAUCUUAUUUCAACAUUGGUGUCGAAAGUAGUGACGGAAGGCUCAACUGAAAAUGUGCGUGAAGCUGCCUUGGAAGCCAUAGGUUAUAUUUGUCAAGACAUCAGCGCUGAUGUUCUGGAACAUCAAUCCAAUCACAUUCUGACAGCUAUUAUCCAUGGCAUGCGAAAAGAUGAGCCCAGCAACCAUGUUCGUCUCGCUGCUACGACCGCUUUACUCAAUUCGUUGGAAUUCACAAAAGCCAAUUUCGACAAAGUGGAGGAACGGAACUACAUCAUGGAAGUGGUGUGCGAAUCAACGCAAAGUCCCGACACACAAAUUUCGGUGGCCGCCCUUCAGUGUUUGGUGAAAAUUUUGACACUCUACUAUCAAUACAUGGAGGUGUACAUGGCGCCAGCUCUAUUUCCCAUCACAUUGCAAGCCAUGAAAUCGGAAAACGAGCAGAUCGCUUUACAGGGCAUCGAAUUUUGGUCGAACGUUAGCGAUGAAGAAAUCGAUCUGGCAAUCGAAUGUCAAGAGGCCCAAGAAACUGGACGAGUACCUUCACGUGUAUCGAAACAUUAUGCACGCGGUGCCCUGCAGUAUUUGGCACCAGUUCUAAUGGACAAAUUAACCAAACAAGAAGAGUUCGACGACGAAGAUGAUUGGAAUCCAUCGAAAGCAGCUAGUGUAUGUUUAAUGUUGUUAGCUACCUGUUGCGAAGACGAAAUCGUUGGCCAUGUUCUGCCGUUUGUGCAAGAAAAUAUUGAUUCGCCGAAUUGGAGGUUCAGAGACGCUGCUUUGAUGGUUUUCGCUUCGAUAUUGGGCGGUAUCGAGCCACAAACGUUGAAGCCUUUGGUGGAACAGGCAAUGCCAAAAUUCAUUCAACUUAUGUACGACCAAAGUGUCAUUGUUCGAGAUUCCGCGGCAUGGACAUUCGGAAGAAUUUGCGAGAUCAUUCCCGAAGCAGCCAUCAACGACCACUAUCUGAAACCUAUGCUAGAGGCAUUUAUUUCUGGUCUGAAAGCUGAGCCACGCGUGGCAGCCAAUGUUUGUUGGGCUUUCACUGGUCUAUCUGACGCUGCAUAUGAAGCCGCUGAGGCUUACAACGAGAAUUCACCGGAAACGUAUUGCUUGUCACCAUUCUUCGAGUACAUCAUCAAUCAAUUGUUGGAAGCAACUGAUCGGCCCGAUGGUGCUCAGGCAAAUCUCCGUGGUGCGGCAUACGAGGCUCUUAUGGACAUGAUCAAAAAUUCGCCAAAUGAUUGCUACGUGGUCGUACAGAAAACGACGAUGGUCAUCCUAGACCGACUGAACCAGGUGCUACAAAUGGAAAGCCACAUGUCAACGCACAAUGAUCGACACCAAUUCAACGAUUUGCAAUCGCUGCUGUGCGCCACUCUUCAAUCAGUUCUUCGCAAAGUCGAUGCCGUCGAUGCUCCGAAAAUAUCCGAUGCAAUUAUGACCGCUCUGUUAACUAUGUUCAAUUCAAGUUCUGGCAAAGUUGGCAACGUUCAGGAAGAUGCUCUGAUGGCAGUUUCAACGUUGGUUGAUCUGCUCGGCGAUCAAUUCCUGAAAUACAUGGAAGCCUUCAAGCCCUAUCUAUUUAUGGGAUUGAAAAACCAUCAAGAAUACCAAGUAUGCUGUGCAGCUGUUGGUUUAACCGGUGAUAUUUGCCGUGGACUGAAAGUGAAAAUUUUGCCAUUCUGCGACGAUAUCAUGACUUUGCUGUUACAAAAUCUGAACAAUCCAAAUCUCCAUCGCAGUGUCAAGCCGCAAAUUCUGUCCGUUUUCGGUGAUAUGGCAUUGGGCAUUGGCCCAGAAUUUAAGAAAUAUCUGAACGUCGUGCUGGACAUGUUACAUCAUGCAUCGCAAUGUCAAGUCGAUCGAAACGAUUUCGACAUGGUGGAUUAUCUGAACGAAUUGCGGGAAAGUGUUUUGGAAGCGUACACCGGCAUCAUCCAAGGAUUGAAAGGAAUGGACAAAAAACCGAGUCCGGAUGUGCAAAUGAUGGAGCCGCAAAUCAAUCACAUUGUACAGUUUAUCGUGUCCAUUGCACAGGAGACUGAGAUUCCGGAUGGAAAUAUUGGCAUUAUUGCUGGUCUGAUUGGUGAUUUGUGUAUGUCGUUUGGACCACCAUUUUUGCAACUCAUCGAGAACGAUCAUAUCAAGAAUUUGUUGAAUGAUGGCAAGAAUUCACGCAUUACUCGCACGAAAACUUUGUCGAUAUGGGCUACCAAAGAAAUCAACAAACUAAAAAUCCAGGCCAACAGCCAAGUCACAAGAUGAAUUCACAACGGAUUGCAACCCGCUGAUAUGUCGAUUUCCGUCAAACAUAACUUAUUUGCAGCACCAGCAACUUAACGAAAUUAAUUUAAACUUUGCAUCAAUCAACAAACUUUUUUUUAUUUUAAUUUCCAUUUGCAAAUAUCUUUAUAAGAAUGUUUUUUAAAAAUGAGUUUAAAAAAAAUGAUUUACAUUUAAUUGGGGCAUCAUCAAUACAUCCAUACGCAAAACAUUACAGAAAAACAAUAUUCGCCUACGAUACAACAAUAGAUUUAGAUAAUUUACAAUAAAACAAAGUAUAAUAAAUACCCAAUGUGUAGCUCAUGUAAUAAUAAGAAAUUUAAGAGAGAAAGAGAGAGAGAGAGAGAGAAAAAAACGGACGGUUGUUCAUGUUUGUUGAAAGCGAUGCUUGGGAUAGAUAUAUGCUGAAGAGAUUGACGAUGCAGGAUUGAGUAUUGGGUUGAUUGAUUAUGAUAUGGACGACGUAUAACUUUUCUUUUCUUUUAAAUAAAAUGACACAUCUAAGUUAAUUCAAUUAACUUAAUUGCCAAAUGAAAAUUGAUUGAGACAAAAAGAUUUUUAAUUUCCGCCGGUUUUGAUGGUCAAACACCAAAAUUACCAAACUAGAAUAAUUUUUAGAAUUUUAGUCAAAGUUUACAUCGAUCUUGUUUAACUAGGCGAAAAUAUUCUUUUUUCAAUGAGAACUGGCGAUGCAGUUUAUGUUCGUUGUGUAGUUUUCGUUCAAAGGAAUGUUCUGAUGUUGAUUUCAACAACCAAUCGACUAGAGUCUUAAAUAUAGUUAAAACAUCUUUGUCGUAACUUUGGUUGCUGAAAUCACUAUACAUUGGGGGUAGACCAUUGUGUUUCUUAAAGUUCGGAAGUGGGGCAAUUUUCGAACUUUUGACAUUUCUCCCAUAAUUUUAUGUCAAAAUUCUACGAAGUCUUCACGAACCAUAAUGGUUUACCCCUUGUGUUUCGUAAGGUUAAUAAGUAUGGGAAUUUCGUAAAAUUUUGACAUUUUGCUCAUAUAUUUCAUGUCAAAAGUCAACGAAAUCACCAUACUAACGAACUUUAAGAACACAAUGGUUUACCCCCAAUGAAACAUACGAACUGAAAGAAACAAAGCUAAACAAAAAAUUAUAUUUUCGCCUAUUUAAACGAACUUUGAGCAUGGAUGAGUAUAUAUCUAUACUGCAUGAUUCCAGUAAAAAAAUUUGCGGUCUGAAUAACUUGAAAGGAGAUGAGUUUAUUGUUUUGUUUUUUUAAGGAAAAAAAUAGUUGAAAAUGUUUGUUUACGAAUGAAUUAGUGGCGCCUACAUAAACAAAUUUUUUGACGAGUAAACGAGGUGAUGAAUAAAAGGAGUGUCUUAGUGGCUCUGAAAAUGCAAAUAAGUUGAGUGCAAAUCCGAGUCCAAAUGAUAAAUUAUUAAACUUUACGUUGAGGCCAUAGAAAAAGUUAAGUUAAGUAGUAAAAAAAUAGCGAUUUGUGUUGAGCGAAUGAGUGUCAGGGAAUAUUCGAUAAGAGGAAAGUGAUUCAAUAAGUAAAUGACUACCAAAACGUGUAAAGGAUUAGUAUAAAUAAACGAAAAAAUUUGAAAGAAAAUGAAAUAAAAAAUCUAAAAUAAACAAACAAACAAAAAAAAUCAAAUGAAAACGAGUGCCUCUGUGAAUGCGAAUGAUAGUAAUGUACACUUUAAUGAUAAGAGAAACAUUUAACGCGAUGAACUAAAUGCUGUGAAUUCUACAAUGAUACAAAAUGAAACAAAAAAAAUCUACUUUAAAAAAAUGGAAUAUAAAUGAUAAUAAGGAUCACAAACGGUUCUAGUGUUUUUAAUUCUAGUUUUUAUUUGUUCAAAUUGAUACGAGAGAUUCCAAAGAUGUACGCUUAUAAUGUAUUUUAGAUAAAAAAGGGAAAUGUGAGAAAAGAAAUUGUCAAAAACAUUCUUUUGACGAUUUUCUUUCAAGGACAUUCGUUUCAAAUCUACCGUUUUACAAACCGUUUUUGGUCUUUCUUAUGUUUAGUACGCAUAAAUUUAAAUGGAAACAAAUUAUAAAAAGUAAGAAUGAAAAACAAAAUGAUUUAAACUUAAUGUGUCUCUGAUGUGAGAGAGAUGAUUAUGCUGAAUUAAUGAGUAUUAUCCCGCCAACAAUUUUUGAAACUACAGUUAUAAGAUGUCUGAUGUCUUUGAAAUUAGAAUUGCUAGAAUUUUGAAUCAGUUGGAAUUACGAAAACAUUUUUUGUUUGUUUAGAGAAAGGUUUCUUCCCUUCUGUUCGUUACAACCGGCUACUAUUUUUGUUGCUUCGAAAUUGAACUCAAGGAACAAUAUCAAAAUUGCUUUUAGUUCUUUAAGAAAAUUAUUGCUCAAUAUCAUUCCACUUGAAGAAUGUUUUGGAAAAUGAUAUCGGAAAAUUUCUUUUUUUUAAAGUAAAUUGAAGUCGAUUGAACUCGUAUUGAGGGUGCAUGUUUGAUUCAGAAAUAAUUUUAAAUGAUUUAAAAAAUUUUAAAAAUAUCGUGACUUCGGUCCGGUUCAGGGCUCAUUUUAGGGAUUUGGAUUCUGAAAAAAUCUAAAAAUUCCAAAUAAUUCGGAAACAAUUCCGAAAAGAAAUUAAAUUUCUCUAAAAUAGGUCCUGCGGAUGGUUUCGUAUACUCAGCAGUCGUGACAACCUUGUUCUUCAACAAAUUUAAAUGGAUUUUCCUAACGAAUUCGAUUUCAGAAUGACGACUGACUUGUUUAUAAAGAGUUAGAAAAACUAUUUCAUUUUGUAACAGAAUUCAAUCUCCCGGUUACUAUUUUGUGGUUCUAGUGACUUUUAACAUCCAACACUACAUCUAGGCCAUAUUUGUAUUAGAUCGAAAAGCUUCCACUACAUGCUCCCUUCCAGCCAGAUACUUUCUUGAAUAAUUUGUGAAUAGCAAGGACUUCUCGGAAGGCAGACUAAAUUUUUAAACGAUCAAUUGACUUUUAAUUUGUUGGGAAUUCAAUACCAAAAAUAUUCUUAUCUUUUAAGAUGAAGGAGUUGAUAAGAAAGAAAUUUUCCGCUGAUUAUUUUCGUAAUUAGAUGUAAACUAAGAAUAAUAUCAAUAAACUAAAGAAUUCAAAAUGAAUAAAACAACAAAAAAAAUUGUGAACGAAUCUGUGAUUUGGGAAGGCUUUUCAAUCAGUUAAAAAAUAGUUUUUUAAAAAUAAAGAAAAUUAAACGAAAAAAAAAAAUCGUAAACGCGUACCUUAAGUAAAUGUUUUUUUGUUUUAGAAAAUGCAUAUUCAGCUGCUUCGUUAUUAAUAAGAAUUAAAUGGAAAGAAAAAUUAAGAUAUUUUUUAGCUGAUAAAGUCUUCUCAAUUUUUAUAUAAAUGUAUCUACGACUAAAUGUGACAAAAUUAACACGAAAACAUUUCAUUUGAAUUUUUGGAGAUAAGUGCGUAUAUAUGGGCUGAGAAUUGUGAAAAUGUGAACGCGGAAUAUUGAAUAGCGUCCAUCGAUUAUGUCUUUUAUAUUUUGUUUAAAUAAUAGUUCCUUAUUGUAAUAAUUUUCUAAUUUUUUUCGUCUAUUAUUUCAACACUUGACCCCUACCAGUACUACUUUAAAUUCCUACUUCAAAAAAACAUUUUUUUUUUGGUAUUUACUUCCCUCGGAUGUGUAAAUAAAUCACUGUCCUCCGGAUAGACCAGUUAUUUAUGCAAUUAGAGAGAGACUUUUUAAGUUCAGAAAUUCCGAACUGACCAGCCAAUGGUACAAACAAAAAAAGAAUUUUUGUAUCACACGGUCGGCCGAAAAUAAAAUGUUCAUAGCUGACCCACGUCGAAGUGACGCAUGUCUCAGUGUAAGAUAUUUCUGAACUGAUCGUGGCUGUACUUCUAAACCUUUAAACUCCGAACGAAAUUUCUCCAUAUAGUUGAACUUAACCUCAGUGACCACAAUGAAUAAUAUUUAUAAUUAAAGAAAAAGAGAGAAAACUUAAGAUGCACAAAAUGUCAUGAAACACGUAAAAAUUUAGAACAAUUGUAAAACUUGUGUCUGCCAUGCACAUUUGAUUGACUGAACGAAACUAUUAGGAUAAUUACAAGCAAAAAUGUAGGAUUACGAUUUAAUAGAGAGAGAAAAAAAUCGAAUGAGAGACAAAUCAAAGGAUUCUAUUUUAAUAAA